CUUAUCCAAUCAGCGCAUAGCUUUCAAGCUUUCAAGGUUGUGACGUCAACGCCGACAUUGAAGCUGGAAAAUGCAACGGAAGGAAAAUGAGUUGAAAAUUCAACUUUUUUCACCAUAAUGACAACAAUAUUAUCAUUGAUACCCAGCCGUUAGUGAAAGACUAAAACAGUGGUCAAAAUGUCGCUAUCACAGGAGGACGUCGACGAAUACAAGUCGUCUUUGAAAGACCUGAAUUUCAACAGCAAGCCGUUGAUCAACAUGCUGACCAUGUUGGCAGAAGACCAUGAACACCACGCUCCAGAGAUCGUUUCUGUUAUUGAAGAGCAUCUCGCUAAGUGUAAACCGGAGAAAAAGCUACCAGUUCUAUAUUUGAUGGAUUCAAUCAUGAAGAAUUUGGGAACCACAAGCUACAAAUCAUUGUUUACCAAGAAUAUCGUGAAUACAUUUACCACGGUGUUUGAGCAGGUGGAUGAGAAAACCAGGGCAUCGAUGUACAAACUACGUCAAACAUGGUCUGUAAUGCUGCCUAACCAGAAGCUAUACAUGAUUGACGUGAAAAUAAAAAGCCUGCUGGAUCCAGCCUGGCCAAUAACAGCCACUCCUGAGAAGGCCAGCAUUCAUGUUAACCCAAAAUUCCUGCAAGGGAGCAGUGAAGGUGAGCGAUCAUCACCAGAAAUGCAGUCUUCACCUGAGUUGGAUGCUGAAAUGGAAGAAGCCGAGAUGCGUCAAAAGCUGAUUGCCAAGCAACAGGAGCUGCUGAAACUUCAGGAAGCUCGUCUUGAAUUGGAGCUGGCGGAAGCUGCAGAAAAGCUUAAACAGAAGAAAAUGCUGCCGACUAAAGCCGCAGGCCUUCCAUUACCUCAGGUGGUUGACCUACCAGAAUCAGCGCCACUCAGGGACCCUCGGCAGCGACCCACUGAUCCCAGACUUCGUGACCCUAGACUAAGCAAGGCCUCAGAAAGCGGGUCCCAUUCCUCCGGUCCACAAAUAGGGCCUAUACAGUCACCCCCUUCUUCUGCUACCAUUACCAUCUCUAGUGUGCCAGCUGGUCCUGGCAUUCAGCAAAGUGCUUCAUUCACAGCAUAUCCUGAAGGUCACGGUCAUGGACCUGUUACUGAUGUAUUUCAUUAUCCAGGUCAUGUUGGGACUGCUCAUACAUUAGGUCACAUUCAUGGCCAUGGUCAUGGGCAUCCCUUCACACAGGGCCGAGGGCCAUGGCCGCCAUUUUCAGCUCCUAGUCAAACAGGCCAGUCAUUUAAGGGUGAGGUGUAUUCCCCUGAGCCUGCGAAAUUUAGUGAUGACAAUGACUCUGACGCUAGUAGCAGAUCGAGUGGUCAAGAAUUUAGACAGAAUCAUGAUCCUAGAAAGCAAUAUAGUCAGCAUUCAGACCCAAGCUCUAUGGACCAAAAUAAACAGAGACUUAAGCCUGUCAGUAGUAAUUCAAAACGUGAAGAAACUGUAUCUAAAGGUUAUGAACAAAAUGAGUUGAUUGAACCUGAUAGUAAAUCUAGUUCAUCUAGUGUGAAAUGGACAAGUGCAAACUUUCGUGAAAAGUAUUCAUCACACAUUAAACAAUCUAAAAAAUCACCCAUUGAAAAUUCAAAUAAGUCAAGAGAUCCCAGAAAACAAAGUCAAGAUAUACCCAAUUCAUUUACUGAUCAAAAUUUAGAUGGUUCAAGUUCGCAUCAAACCAUUUCAAGGGUUUCAGAAACAAAGAUUGAGUCAUCUAAAAGUAAAAAAGCAGAAAGCAAUAAAUCAACACACUCACAUUCAUUUGUACAUAAAAGUUCAAGUGAUUCUCAGCGAAGCAAAUCGAGAAGUGUUUCUAAAGAAAGAGAAAGCAAGUCUGAAACCAAACUUAAAGACACCUCCCAAACAAAGCAAACAAAAACUGACAAUAGACCUAAGGAUUAUGGCCGCACCAAGGAUUCAGUUUUUGAGAAGAAAAGUGAUGGAGCGAGUAGGGAAAGGGACGUGUUGCCACAUCGUAGGAGCUCUCCCCAACAGCAUUCCUCAAAGGAGAGUCCAAGACACAGUUCAGGUGUAGAAACCAAAGAAACUGAGGCAAAACCCCAAUCAUCUGGCAAGUCAAACAAGUCCAGGAUUACAGAUGAAACCUCAAGGCCUUCAUCGAAAACCAGAAAGUCUGACCCAGGACCAGUACCUAGAAAGGUCUCGCCAAAGUCAGAUGUCUCAAAAAGAACUAGUAGCAGCAAUGUUGUCUUUCUGGCCAAGGCAAGUAAAUCUGAUACAAAAAUAAAAACUGAAGUUGUUAGUGAUGAUAAGUCUGUGCAUAAAGGUCAGGGAAAGGAUCAUGAGAAAAGGGCAAGAAGUAAAGAACUGGAUGAAAUCAAGAGCAGCGCAAAGAAGAUAAAACUAGAUAAUGUGUCUAGUGAUUCUGAAUAUUUUUCUGAUGGAAACAUGCCAGAAGAAAACUUUCCAGAAGAAUUUGAUGCAGAGAAAGGCGAAUCUGCACAUCCUCCUAUGGAUUUUGAUAAAAAUGAAGUCAAGUUAGAAAUUGAAGAUGAUAUCAGUGAUCUAUUUGGUGGCGAAGAUGAGGAUUUUCGUAGCCAGCAAUUGCCACUGAAGUCUCCCAGUAGUAAAUCCUGGGACCAAUACAAAGCCGAUAGGUCUGACAUGUUUGCCGAAGAUAUAACUCGAAAGAAAAUGAGACGAGAAUCGGUUGUUCAUCCAAAACCAUCUAGAGGCCUGGUAGAGCCUGAAGACAUAGAUUUCCGUGUUGGACAGCUAGAGCCAGAACAAACUUCACCCACAAUAGAGAUAUCUGCUGGUCAACACUCCGAGAUACUGUUACAGGCUCACAAAAGACUGACUGAAGGCAAGAUAACACAAGAACAGCAUCAAGAACUUAUCAGCCAAUUGAACCAGCUUGUGCAAAUACGCCAACUGCAACAACAGGAAGACCGGCGUCUCUCUAGCGAAUUCCUCCAGGCGUCCGAUGCUGUCAGAACAGAGUCAGAGAGUAGCAUUGCAAGUGAGACACCAUCUGAUCAAAAUAAAAGAGAAAUCAGAUCCCCUGAUCGUCCACUAGAUAAGUUCAGAAUUCCCAAAAAGUCUCUUGAUAGAAAGGCUUCUGACGAUGAACCCAUGAAGGGGCUUAGUAACUUGUAUCCAGAGGCUCCUGCACUUGACUUCAGAGGUCAAGGGUCUGCAGAUAGACAAGAAGUUGUCCAUCCGAGAGAUCUGCCAGACAAUGGCAAAUCUAAAAUUGAUGAUGCAGUUCAGAAACCUGACACAGAUGGGUUCGCUCAUAGAAAUAUUUCUGUAAGAGCGGAUGUGCCUGAAAAAAGGGAGUAUGAAGAGAGAACUAGCAAAUUCAGACACAAGCCGUAUGAAGAUGUUGAUGAUAUACAACAACGAUUGCCUGAUGCUGAAGACAAAAAUUUCAGAAGUGACUUCGAGCAAGGUGGUCCGUCUGACUUGAGGUUAGAGGGGCCAAUUAAUAAAAGGUAUGAAGGACGAUUCAAUAUACCAGAUGGUCCACCUGAUUUGAGACUAGAUGGUCCAAUGGACCACUGGCAUGAUGGCCCACCUGGAAUGAGAAUUGAUGGUCCACCUAACCUUGACAUAAGAAGGGAUGGACCAACAGGUAGGGAAUGGGAAGGUAGACACAGGAUUUCAAGUGAUGGCCCACCAGAUAUGAGAAGAGAUGGGCCACUUGAAAUGAGAAGAGAUGGUCCACCAGGAAGGGAAUGGGAAGUGCCACAUGGUAUGAGAAGAGAUGGACCACCUGACAUGCGACGAGAUGGCCCACCUGACAUGAGACGAGAUGGCCCACCUGACUUGAGACGAGAUGGCCCACCUGACUUGAGACGAGAUGGCCUACCUGACUUUAGAAGAGAUGGCCAACCAGACAUGAGACGCGAUGGGCCACCUGACAUGAGAAGAGAUGGCCCACCUGACAUGAGAAGAGAUGGCCCACCUGACAUGAGAAAAGAUGGCCCACCUGACAUGAGAAGAGAUGGCCCACCUGACAUGAGACAAGAUGGUCCACCUGACAUGAGAAGAGAUGGCCCACCUGGAAAAGAUUGGGAAGGUCCACAUGGAAUGAGAAGAGAUGGCCCAAUUGAUGCAAGGAGAGAUGGACCACCUGACAUGAGAAGAGAUGGACCACCAGGGAGGGAAUGGGAAGGUCCACAUGGUAGAGAAUGGGAAGGUCCACCUGGAAUGAGAAGAGAUUUUCCACCUAAUAUUAGAAGAGAUGGCCCAAUUGAUGCAAGGAGAGAUGGACCACCUGACAUGAGAAGAGAUGGACCACAAGGAAGGGAAUGGGAAGGUCCACUUGGCAGAGAAUGGGAAGGUCCACCUGACAUGAGACGAGAUGGUCCUCCUGACAUGAGACGAGAUGGACCACCUGACAUGAGACGAGAUGGGCCUCCUGACAUGAGACGAGAUGGGCCUUCAGACAUGAGACGAGAUGGACCACCUGACAUGAGACGAGAUGGUCCUCCUGAUAUGAGACGAGAUGGUCCUCUCGAAAUGAGACAAGAUGGUCCUCCUGACAUGAGACGAAACGGUCCUCCUGACAUGAGAAGAGAUGGACCAAUUGGCAGAGAAUGGGAUGGCCCUCCUGGCAGAAGAUUCGAAGGCCCUGAGGAACAUCCUGAUAGAAGACGUGAUUUCCCACCUGAUAUUGAGGGUGAUUGGCCGCAAGACAUGGGACAUGAUGCACCUUGGAAUGAAAGAGGGAGAGGUGGAUUUGGUCGAAGGGGCAGAGGAAGAGGAAGAUAUGGCAAUGACAGACGAGAGUUUCCCGAAAGUGGCAACUGGGAAAGCAGGACUGGGCAAAUGGAUACUCCAGUCUCAGACAGACUUCGUGGUGAUGAUAUACCUCCCUAUGAGAAGUCUGGUCCACACAAACGCUGGUUUGACGAGUCAGAAGACAGAAAUGUUAUGAAUCCACACAGUCCUAAGAAAAAGCCACUUCUUCAAGACCCAGAUAUGGAUCUUCGACCUGCACCUUGGGGUGAGCAUGGCAAACCAAGGGAUGCAGACAGAAGAAGAGGUCCAGAUGAACCACCUUUAUUUGAAGACAGACUUGGGCCUCAUGCAGAAAGAAGGCAUGAAGAAUUCCAUCCUCAUGGUGAAAGAAGGCCAGACAGAAGUAGACAAGAUGAAAUGCAAGCAGGCGAUAUGCGUCAUCCUCAAGAAAGAUUAAGGGGUCGGGGUCGAGGCAGAUUUGAUGACAGAAUAGGGGAAGGCCAAAGAGGUGGAAUGAUAGGUCACAGGGGAAACGGUCCAAGAAUGGAAUUUGCCAACUUUGAUAACAGAGUUAUUCCUGAUAUGAAACCAGUUGGUGCCAAUGAGUUGGAAUCAUUUGAGGAUAGGUUUGGUGAUCCAAGGUUUAGAUGUUUCAAGGAUAUGGGACCUCAAGUAAACGAAGAAGUUGUUCUUGGAAAGAGAAACUUUGAAAUUAAGCUAGGUGCACCACCAAGGAGAAUAAUGUGGGAUAAAAAUGUAUUCAUUGAAGUCUUUGCAGACCCAGCUAAGAGAGGGGUUGUCAUUGAUGGAAACUUAGUGUACAAGUUUGGUGAACGGGUUAAGGAAAUUACAGUCCGUGGAAGAAAGGAGAAAAUCUUUUAUCUUGGAAAGCCUGUAAAUAUAUGGAUUGAUGGUCAGCUGUUUGAAGUUAGGGUUGAUGCUCCACCAAAACAUAUUGAAACUGGUUCCAAAACCCACAAAGUUCAAAUUGAUGGAAGAGAUAUGAUGAUUCUGAUUGAUAAGCAUGAAAUGUGUAAAUACGGUGGUGAGCCAAGGUUUGUGUUCCUUGAUGAAGAAAGAGUAGAAUUGAGGUUUGAUCCGCCACCGAGGACAAUAUUGAUUGAUGGCAAACUCUGUGAAUUAAAAUUAAAUACACAGCAACCUUGUGUGAACAUCAAUGGUGUGUUGCAUGGCAUACGAUUUGAUGGACCACCAAGAGAUGUGUUCAUUGAUGGAAAGCUGUAUCAGAUCUUUACGGACCAUGCAGUUAAGUUGCGCAUAGGAAACAAGUAUCAUUAUGUUGCUCUAGGUGGGCCAUGCCAUGAAAUUAUUGUGGACGGCAGAUGGUUUGAACUGAAGUUUAAUGAACCUCCUAAAGAAAUUGUACUUGGUAACUAUAGCCUGAUGGUAAAGCUUCCUAACAAACCUCCAGAGGUGAAAAUCUUGCCACCUUUGGGUAGCAUGCAUCCACCAGUCAUGAUGCCACCUGGUGGGCAUAUGAUGCAUCCUGGACUCAUGCCAGGCCCAAUACGUCCACAUGCUGGUCCUAUGGCACCAAUGGGACCUCCUGGAAUGAUGCGACCUGGAAUUAAUGUCUCCAUGCCUGCUGCCACUAUGGCACCGAUUGUAAGCAUUCAGCCUCCUGCGCUUUCCAGUAUGACAUUGCCAACACCUUCCCACAUUCCAGGACUUGGGCCCGCUUUGUCUGGUCCUUCAAGUCAACCCAGUGGUUUGAGCAAUGUGUUCUCCACUUUGUUUGGUGCCCCCCACCCUGCUGCCCCCAGUGCAGUGCCAGCCCUGCCAGUGGACAUCAACAGUCUCCUAGACAACUUAGUGAAGACAGGGCUCAUCAAGAAGGAGGCUGAGUCCACCACUUCCACCAGUGAGGCUGCGCCCCAGCCUUGCCAGACACCAGCACCAGGGCCUGCUACUGAGAAGAGACAGCCAGAACUGUUUGAAGACAUUCCGGAUAUGACAGAACUUGAUGUGGUUGCCAUGAAAAGCCUCCACAAGGGAGCUGUUCAGAGGCUGUACAGUGGGGUUCAGUGCACAUCAUGUGGUCAGAGGUUCAACAUUGAUGAUGACCAGCUUGACAAGAUCUACCGCAAACACCUUGACUGGCAUUUCAGGCAGAACCGCAAGGAGAAGGAUGAGGUCAAGGUCACCAGAUGUCGCAAGUGGUUUUAUGGAGAGGAGGACUGGGUGCAGUAUGAAGAGGUGGUUGAUGAGGAGGAAGCAGAGAAGAGUAACUUCUUUGAGAAGCAGCAGCCAGAUGCCACCAAGACGCCGGCCAGGAACAAUCUGUCCCUGCUCUCUCUGCCAGAGGGGGCCACUGUGGUCAAGUGUCCUCAGGCCAGUGGCAAUGAUGUUGAGGAUAUGUGCAAUAUUUGCCAUGAGCCGUUUGAGCAGUUCUGGGAUGAGGAGGUUGAGGAGUGGAGGCUGCGAGACGCCAUCAAGGUCAACAACAAAACAUACCAUCCAAUCUGCUUUGAGGAUCACACUGACGCAUCAGAAGGCACACCAAGUCCGUCAGUGCUCACAAGCUCUGUGGAGCCGGACUUCAUUGUGCGCAAGACACUCACCUAUGAAGAAUCUUCCCAGGACGGCCAGCAUGCUUCCUUCGAAGACGAGAGGAAGAUCAUAGCAGCAGUGAAACCCGAGCCGGACAUGAGUGACAACGAAAGUGCAUCUCGCCCUACCUCUGUACAAGAGCCUGUUUUCUCAAUAAAACAGGAACCAUUAGAAUCUGAUAUUGUCUCACAUUCUAGCUAUGCAGUAGACACUAAACUUGAUGAGGCCGAUAGACCACCAGUUUUCAAAAAGGAGCCAUUGGAAACAGAACUUGAAAAUGACGCAAUAUCUUCAUCUAGUUCAUUCCUUACAUUUAGUUCUAAGCCAUCAAAAUCUAUACCUUUCCUUGAUGAUGUUAAACAGGAGCCUAUGGAGACAAGAGAUGCUGUUGAUUCAACCAGUUAUGAUGAAACAGCAGAUACUGUGAACUCUGAUCCACCUGAAGUGCCGUGUGAACAAACAGAAGAAACAAUGGACACAAAUGAGGGUACCAUCAAGCCACAUCAAGAAAUUGGAAAUAGUCACAGAGUUAAAAGCCCAGUCAAUACUGAACAUUUAGCUGAGGAAUCUGAUGACAUUUCAGGUAGUCAUGAGUCACAUUCACUUUCACCAGCAAACAAAGCAGCAACUGACAAUAUGUUGCCUAAUAUAGCGGAUGAAGAUGAGCAUUCAGUAUCUCAUGAUUGCAAUGAAAGUGAAAGAUCUAAAACCCUAUCAGACGAAGUUAAUCUUACAUUAAAUACACCAACCGUAUAUUUGGACAAGCAUGUACUUGAAUGUUCUCCGGAAAUGACUAGUGAAACCGACAAGGUGCCAACCCGUCAAGAUGAUGAUGACGAGCCCAGCCUCCCGAGUGUCCUUACCCAAGGCUCUUUGGAUGUGUCCCGACCCUCCACAAGUAUCUCACCUCGCAGCUUCUCUCUGCUCAGUGUUGCCAAUCUAGCUGUGAGACCAGAACCUGUUGAGAUUACACAAGAAAUGCUGGACAUAGACUCCAAUGCCAGCACUCCUACUCACGAUGAGCUUCCCGAUCCUGAGAAUGAGAUGUUGUAGUUUAUAAACACUGUUAACUGUAGUAUUUCUUUGUUGUUGUUUUUUAAAGAAAUUAAGCCUCAUUCUGGGAAAACAGGGUUUAAUGCAUAAUGGUUUUGCUUAAAAAGACUUACUGCACUGGCAAAGCUGGGGCGCCUCUGCACAUGCAUUAAAACCUGUUUUUGCUGAGCAACUCUCAAUUAUAUUUUUUCUACUUGAGUGAUCAUGUGUUUUGGUUAUUUCUGCGCAAUAUUACCCCAAUAUAUGGAUUAGUUAUCCAUGGCAUGGGUAUAAACUAUUUUAUGGCAUUGUUUUUUUUAUAAAGAUGUUGUUUUUAGUUAGUAGUGAGUGUAACGGGUUGUUACUGUGUGUCUUUCAUGUUUAAUGUGUAUGCACAGUGUGACAGAUAUAAUACAAAUAUAUGCAAUAUGUCACAUUUUGAUUGAAAUGUUAUGAAGAAACACAUUCUGCUGCUAUGACAUUUUCAAAUAGUCAUUAAAUGUGAUUUGGUUUGCUGUAUGGAAUUAACUUGCUUUGAAGUUUCUUAAAUUAUUAUGAUAAUUUCCCCUUUUUAUUUCCCCUAGUCUAUACUGGGGGACAUAUUGUUUUUGCCAUGUCUGUUUGUUGGUUUGUUUGCGGCAAACUUUAACAUUGACCAUAACUUUUGCAAUAUUGAAGAUUGCAACUUGAUAUUUGGCAUGCAUGUGUAUCUCAUGGAGCUUCACAUUUUGAGUGGUGAAAGGUCGAGGUCAUCCUUCAAUGUCAAAGGUCAAAUAUAUGGGGGACAUAGGGUUUAACAAACGCAUCUUGUUUAAAAUGAUAUUUCUUAAUACAAUAUUAUUCUGUUGGAGAUUACUUGUAGCUCUGAUGUUGUUCAAAUGGUACUUUAAGGCUUAACAACAUAAUCAUCAUAAAUGUUAUGAACCAAAGUUUAUUGUAGAUUCAUUUGUAAUCAGAUUACACUAAUUUCCUCAGUGAAAUUUAGCUCUGUGUCUGAAAAUGUUAUAAUUUAUUUUCUGUAUCAAUGUUUUUUCUCAAAAAGCUCACAUUUCAAAUGAUGAGUGUACAUAUAUGGCUCAGUGCUAAUUCAUUUAACAUUGUCUGAGAAAAAUUACUGCUUACUGUAGAAGUUGGUAUCCAGUAAUUAUGUUAACCAGCCUUUUGGUAUUGUCAUCAAGGGACUGAAAGUCACUAUUAUUAAUGAUUAUUAAAUACAAAAAUAAGUAGAACAGGGGAUUCUAUCUUGUUUAAAUUAUUGAUGUUUAGAUUAUUGUUUAUAUAAUUGAAGCUCAAACAAGUGUGCUUGGAACUAUUUUCGCUAUUUGUAAUGUAAAUUAUUUACUUGUUGAAAUAAGACGGUAAAAUUGUUGUAUUAUAUGUUGUAGGAAUUUGUGUCAUUUAGAAAAAGACAUGAUAGUACUUCAGAUUUGAAUACAAAUUAGAAGCACUUUGGCAUACUUUUACAUAUCUUUAAACAACUACUUUGUACAUUAUUGUGUUGUUUAAAAAUGUUUCUACCAUAUGUUCAAAACCUCUUUAAAUACUUUGAAGAAAUGUUUUUAUUAGCAAUUGAUACUAUGUCAAUAAAAUAUAUUGAAAUCUCAA